AUGUCCUCCAACUCCACCGACAAUCGCGCGGCUCCACAAGGUGGCAUUCUCGAGGGCGGCAAUCCAUCUCACUAUGAUCCCAAGAACCCGAUUGUUAUCUUCAUUAUCCAGGCGUCGAUCAUCAUCAUCUUCUGCCGUCUGCUGCACUGGCCUCUCUCCAAGAUCCGUCAGCCUCGAGUCAUCGCGGAAGUGAUUGCCGGGGUUUUGCUGGGCCCGUCGGUUUUCGGCAAAAUCCCCGGCUUCACAGAGGCCAUCUUCCCAACGGCGUCCAUUCCGAAUUUGAAUCUGGUCGCCAAUCUAGGCUUGAUCCUCUUCCUCUUCCUGGUCGGUCUGGAGACGGACUUGCGAUUCCUGGUCAGCAAUUGGCGCGUGGCGGUCAGUGUGUCCGCCGCGGGAAUGGUCCUGCCCUUUGGAUUGGGUUCUGCCAUCUCCUACGGUUUGUAUCACACGUUUCGCGAUGAACCUGGUAUGGUUCCGAUCAACUUCGGUACCUACCUGCUCUUCAUCGGUAUCGCAAUGGCUAUCACGGCCUUUCCCGUGCUAUGCCGUAUCCUGACAGAGUUGAAAUUGCUUGGGACCAACGUCGGCGUAAUUGUGCUGUCCGCAGGUGUCGGCAAUGACGUUGUCGGCUGGAUUCUCCUGGCUCUCUGUGUUGCGUUGGUCAACGCUGGUACCGGCCUGACGGCCCUGUGGGUGCUCCUUGUCUGUGUAGGCUAUGUGCUGUUUCUAGCAUAUGUGUUCCGGCCUCUCUUUUUGCGAUUUCUCAAGCACACCGGAGCCUUGCAAAAGGGACCCAGUCAGUCCGUCGUGGCUAUCACGCUUCUGAUUGCCCUCGCUUCGUCCUUCUUCACGCAGGUCAUUGGUGUCCACGCCAUUUUUGGCGGAUUCCUGAUCGGUCUUCUCUGUCCCCACGAAGGCGGAUUUGCGAUCAAACUGACCGAGAAAAUCGAAGAUCUGGUGGCAACUCUAUUUCUGCCGCUGUAUUUCACCCUGUCUGGUUUGCAGACCAAUCUCGGGUUGCUCGACACCGGCACCACUUGGGGAUAUGUUAUCGGUAUCAUUGCGAUCGCACUUAUCGCCAAGAUCAUUGGUGGUGCGGGCGCGUCCAGGAUGUGUGGGCUGCUGUGGCGUGAGAGCUUUUCCAUCGGUGUCUUAAUGAGUUGUAAGGGAUUGGUUGAGCUGAUUGUCUUGAAUAUCGGCUUGCAAGCCAAGAUCCUCAGCACCCGUACAUUUACCAUGUUUGUGGUUAUGGCAUUGGUUACCACAUUUGUAACCACGCCCUUGACCACUUUGCUAUACCCGAAAUGGUACCAGGAUAAGGUGGACCGCUGGCGUCGCGGUGAGAUCGACUGGGAUGGCAAUGCUAUUCAAUCCGAUGCCCGCGCCGACAGUGUGGCAGUAGCAAAAGAAGAACUACGGUCAAAUCCCGUUCGGAAACUUCUUGUGUACCUACGACUGGACGGGUUGUCGAGUAUCUGCACCUUAGCUGCCCUUUUGGGACCUAGCGUCACUCAGGCUCCGGCACCCAAGGUUCACCCCGACAAGAGACGGUCCAUGACGGCGUCUCCAGAGCCCGCGGCAGAAGAGUCUGCGGCCACGGAAAUCGAAGAAUCUCCAGCCCUACAGGUCCAUGGUGUUCGGCUAAUGGAACUCACUGACCGAGACUCCAGUGUCAUGAAGGUCUCGGAGAUCGAUGAAUAUACCCUAUGGGAUCCGGUGGUCAAUACCUUCCGGGCGUUCGGUCAGUGGCACGAUCUCUCCAUCAUGGCCGGGGUCUCCGUUGUUCCCGAAUAUUCUUUCGCCGAUACAGUCGUGGGUAUGGCUCGCCAGGAGUCCAGUGAUCUCCUGUUAUUGCCGUGGAGCGAAACUGGGACCAUUAGUGAACACCAAAGUGGGCUGGGCCUCGACGAGGCUAGUCGAUUCGCCAACGGGCCCUACACGGAUUUCGUCUCCAAAGUACUCGACCAAACCUCCUGUAGCGUGGGGGUUCUGGUCGAACGCAGCCCAUACACGCGUGGGUCAGGCCGGCCCCUUCUGGCCAAGCGGUCUGUCAGCGCCCUUAGUGCUCGCGGCUCCAUGUGGAAUAGUGCCCCUGCGGCAGCACGCUCUCACCAUAUUGUGCUGCCUUUCUUCGGCGGCGAUGACGACCGCUUUGCGCUGCGUUUCGUCCUCCAGCUGGCCCAGAACGAUCAGGUGACGGCGACCAUUAUCCACAUCGACGUAGCGCCGUCCCCACAGUCUGGGUCGGCCGACACCGACAGUCCUAGCGAAACAGGGAAGGGCAAGUCCUCGACCCAUGUCUCGGCCAGCGUCCAGGAAGUCGAAUCGGACUACAAUUUCUUCGCAGCCACGCGCGACUCGCUGGCCCCGGAACUGACGUCCCGGGUCAUCUUCAAACGCAUCUCGCCGGCCCAGGGAGAACCCGACGCCGUGCAAUUCGCAGUGACGACUGUAAAGGAGGAAAUGAGUCAAUCACCACACAGGGCCGGAAACAUGACGGUGGUCGGACGGCGCAACAACCGAGUGGACCCUGUUUCGGGAUUCGGGAUGGCACAGGAAGAAGUCGGGACGGACGCGAGUCGGGCCCUGGGAGCAGUCGGGCAGGCUCUGGUACGGACGGAGAAUCGGAUUGUGGGUAACAUUCUGGUUUUGCGUGGAAGGCAGUAG